AGUCGGGAGAGGCGUGGGAGCUAGGGGCACGGAGGACGCGGGCCCGGACUGCGGGGGCAGCUCGGGGGAGACCGAUGGGCGGCUUGGAAGCUGGCAGGAUUGCGGAUGAGGGUUGAGUUCGGAAUGGAGUGGAGGUGAUGUAGGAUGGAGGGAAGUGAAGGAAGGGGAGGGCGGAUAGAGGAAAAUGUGGGAGGAGUGGUUGGGAAUUUGUGAGUAGCAGGCAGGAAGGGAUGAGGAAGACUGGGCAGGGGCUGCAGACGAUUGGAAUGAGCGGGAAGGUUAGCAGGAAUCAGAGAAAUGGGCCGGGAGCUGAAGGGUUCAGUAGGGGUGUCCAUUAAAGGGAACUGAUGCCUUGACAUGUCCUUUCGGCUCAGGUUCCUGAUGUCUCCCAUUUUUCUAGCGUUGUGGGGGAAAACGAAAGCAUCACUUGCCCUGGCUGCUAUCUUGAUCAUUUUCCACAGGCCCAAACACACAACUGACUGCCAUCCAUCCCUUUUAGUGCCAUGGUCUUGAUUUAUCCUUUUAAAGGGGUUAGAGUGGCAGUGUGACACACAAACCGUUCUUCAGUAUGAAAUGUUAGAAGUUAUCCCCAAGAGACACAGUGUCCUCUUGUCCUAUAGUUUUCAGUUUAAGGUAAAUUCAUAGUUUAUUCAGAUUUUUAUUUCUUUUCUGACGUUACAUCUUGCUAAUCUCCAAACCCAGGAGGAUGUUGGUGUGUGCCAGAGUUAUAAAUGACUGGAUAUCCUUGAGAGUUAAUGGUUCCUGCAGCAUCAUGUUCCGGGUCUCCCACAGAAAUCUUGUGUCCUCCAUACCAUGGUAGUUUAGACGUGGAAAGCCGAAUUCUAACCUUGUGAAUCCUAAUGCGCCUGACUAACCGGUGGUGAGCAGGGCCUUUGGGGCCAACGUGGUGGGCUCCCCAAGGAAACCCCUUUGAAACCAAUGGAUGCAUUCACGGGAUCGAGUCUCAAGAGGAAGUUUGAUGAUGUGGAUGUGGGCUCAUCGGUUUCCAACUCAGAUGAUGAGAUCUCCAGCAGUGACAGUGCUGACAGCUGUGACAGCCUCAAUCCUCCUACAGCUGCCAGCUUCACACCCACAUCCAUCCUCAAGCGACAGAAGCAACUGCGGAGGAAGAAUGUCCGCUUUGACCAGGUGACUGUAUACUACUUUGCCCGGCGCCAGGGUUUCACCAGUGUGCCCAGCCAGGGAGGGAGCUCGCUGGGCAUGGCCCAGCGCCAUAACUCUGUGCGCAGCUACACGCUCUGUGAGUUUGCUCAGGAGCAGGAGGUCAACCAUCGGGAGAUUCUUCGUGAGCAUCUGAAGGAGGAGAAACUCCAUGCCAAGAAGAUGAAGCUGACCAAGAAUGGGACGGUGGAGUCGGUGGAGGCUGAUGGCCUGACCCUGGAUGAUGUCUCAGAUGAAGAUAUCGAUGUGGAAAAUGUGGAGGUGGACGAUUACUUCUUCCUGCAGCCCCUGCCCACCAAACGGCGACGGGCUUUGCUCAGGGCUUCAGGGGUUCACCGCAUUGAUGCUGAAGAGAAGCAAGAACUUCGAGCCAUCCGCCUGUCACGUGAAGAGUGUGGUUGUGACUGUCGCCUCUAUUGUGACCCAGAAGCCUGUGCCUGUAGUCAGGCUGGGAUUAAAUGCCAGGUGGACCGCAUGUCCUUCCCAUGUGGCUGUUCGAGGGAUGGCUGUGGGAACAUGGCCGGGCGCAUUGAAUUUAAUCCCAUCCGGGUCCGGACUCAUUACCUCCACACCAUCAUGAAGCUGGAGCUGGAGAGCAAGCGGCAGGUGAGCCGCCCACCGGCCCCCGACGAGGAGCCCUCACCCACGGCCAGCUGCAGCCUGACGGGAGCCCAAGGCUCAGAGACACAGGACUUCCAGGAGUUCAUUGCUGAGAACGAGACGGCAGUGAUGCACCUGCAGAGCGCAGAGGAACUCGAGCGGCUCAAGGCAGAGGAAGACGCCAGCGGCUCUAGUGCCAGCCUGGACUCCAGCAUAGAGAGCCUGGGCGUGUGCAUUCUGGAGGAGCCCCUGGCUGUUCCCGAAGAGCUGUGCCCGGGCCUGACGGCCCCCAUUCUCAUCCAGGCUCAGCUGCCCCCAGGCUCCUCGGUCCUGUGUUUUGCUGAGAACUCCGACCACCCCACUGCCUCAGCAGUGACCAGCCCAUCCUAUUUGAACAGCGGGCCCCUGGUGUAUUACCAGGUGGAGCAGAGGCCAGUCCUGGGGCUGAAAGGAGAGCCCAAUACAGAAGAAGUCCCACCCUCUUUCCCCAAGGAGAAGGAUCUGAAUGUCUUCUCCCUCCCGGUUACCUCACUGGUGGCUUGUAGCCCCACAGACCCAGCUGCCCUGUGUAAAUCCGAAGUGGGGAAAACGUCCACUCUGGAAGCGCUAGUGCCCGGAGAUUGUAACACUGAGGAGCCUGAGAAUGAAGACUUCCGCCCCUCGUGGUCCCCCUCGAGCCUCCCCUUCCGCACGGACAAUGAAGAGGGCUGUGUGGUGGAGAAAACCUCCCAGCCGAGUGAGGACAGGCCCCCGGAAGAUUCUUCAUUAGAACUCCCUCUGACAGUCUGACGUGGGGAUGGAGAGUCCGCCUCUUACCCAUUCUCUAUUUAUUCCCUUAUUUUAUCUAACACCAUUUCAAAACAAAACUGUAGAAGCAGCUGCUACUCCCAUGUUAUUUUAUUGGGGUCGGGGGGGAGGGAUGGGUGGGAAAGAAUUGUUUGUAAAAGUAUUUUUUAAAGGGUAAACGGAACCAAGGAGACCAGUCCCAGCUCAGUCUGGGGAGUGUCUUGGGGCAGAGGCGGCUGCACAGUGCCGUAUACUGAGCCUUCUGGGCCCCUGGAACAAAGGAGGAGGAUCUCCCAGGAGAAGUUGGGUAAUUCAAGCAGCUAUUCGUUCCAUAGGGACCAGAACACAGUGAUUUGAAUGGCAUGACAAAGCCCCUUCUCCUUUCCCAAGCUCCAGGUGGGGUACAAGCUCAUUUUCUCAUCAAUCACCCCGAUACCCCUCUUGGGUGGUAUCAUCAGCUGGAGUAUCUGGUCAGAUCUAGAGUGGAGCAGAUGGAAGGGUCUCUGCUCCUGUAGAAAACCUCCAGGAUUUAUGAAAAUUUAACCUGCCUUCCCUGGCCCCCCAUUUGGUAAAUAAGUUAAUAUUUGACCUGUUUGGUGUUCUCUGACCUGUUCCCCACACUGGGGAUACCCGGUCUGUAACUUGAAUUAUUUCUUUCAUGUGUUCUUAGGUACUAAAGUUAAACUUGUCUAUUUAUCUUUCUUUCCCCUUCUGUCCUUUUCCCUUAAAGAAAAAGCUAGACUGGCUGGGGAUGUGGCCUGAAGAGCCGGAGUCCCCUGUCUAAGGCCCGCUCUGUCAGGCACUUUCAGGCUGGGACUCACACAUCCCACGGGAGGCAUAUAUAGAACACUAUGUCCAAAAGAGGCAGCGGGGACAGGGUGCUGUCUGGCAAGAAGACUUUAUUUGUGCCACACUUGCUUUUUCACCCAGGUCUUUCCCCCACUCUGGGAGGUUUGAGCUUUAAAGGAAGAGAGGAUGUGGCAAUCUAAAGUCACGGACUAGUUUUUGUUCUAUUUUUCUGUAUCUACCCUUGUGGUCCUUGGAUAUACAGGGUUGGAGAGCUCUUAAACUAUUCCUGUCCACUCCCCCACAACCCCAAGAACUGCAAAUAUUUAUCGGAUC